AUGCAGCUCUCUCUCGCCCUCCUUUGGGCAACGUCCAUGAUCGGCCGGAUCAGGGCCCUCGAAUGUCGAUGCUUUCCCGGAGACUCGUGUUGGCCGUCAUCUGAUGACUGGGUUAGCCUCAAUCAAACAAUUCAGGGGCGUCUCAUCGCAACUAUCCCUCUGGCCUCAGUAUGCCACGACCCAACCUAUGACGCUGAAGCUUGCACCGCCUUGAAGCAGCGCUGGCCGUAUGCUUCCGUGCAUAUCCCCUCUUCAUCUUCGUUCAGCUCUCCGUGGGCUCAGAACCAAACUUGUGACCCGUACACACCACAAGACAAAGCAUGCGAAAUAGGCAACUAUCCUGUCUAUGCCGUGAAUGCCUCGACCACAGAUCACGUGGCUGCGACGUUGAAAUUCGCCCGUGAGCACAACAUUCGGCUCAUCAUCAAGAGUACUGGACACGACCUGCUAGGGAAGAGCAGCGGUGCAGGGUCGCUCUCUCUGUGGAUGCACUCGUUCCAGGGCUUGAACUUUACGCAGAGCUAUUCAGGAUCCAACACGUACAACAACUAUCAGGGUCCGGCCGUGCGCAUUGAACCAGGUGUCAUCGGCGGUGAUAUUCAGAUGGCCGCCCAGAAGGAGGGACUCCGUGUUGUUGGAGGCACAUGCGGCUCCGUCGCCAUCGGGGGAGGCUACACCACAGGAGGCGGCCAUUCCCUCCUCAGCGGCAAGUAUGGUCUCAGUGCUGACAACGUGCUGGAAUGGGAGGUGGUGACCGCAUCUGGAGAGCUCGUAACAGCAACACCAUCUCAGAACGACGAUCUCUAUUGGGCUUUGAGUGGCGGUGGCGCCGGCGUCUUUGGUGUAAUCGUGGGUGUCACUCUCAAAGCCUUUCCGGAUGGCGUCGUCUCAGGAGCAGGAAUCUCAUUCAACAUCUCAGCCUCACCCAGCGAAGAUGCGUUUUGGCUCGCGGUCGAGUCGUUUCAUAAUCAUUUGCCAGAAUGGCAGGAACAGUCCGCCACAGCCACUUACUCCUUUCGCGUUGGUACCUUUUCGAUACAGCCUAUUGUGUUGCCUGACCAGGAUGAGGAUGCUCUGCGUACGCUCAUUGGACCAUUUCUCUCUGAUCUUGAUGAGCUUGGGAUUCUGUACACCUCUCGCGUUGUGGCUUAUCCAUCAUAUCUCGACCUGCACGCUACCUACUACGGUCCUCUGCCAGAGGGUCAAGUCCUCGCAGCCGUGGUACAGGUCUCGCGGCUACUCCCUCGAUCACUUGUUAACUCUACAGACGGGAAGAAAUCAUUGAUCAGUACUCUUCAAAAGAUCUAUUCCCUGGUAGGUGGCUCGCUAGCCAUUGUUGGAAAUGGAAUAGCGGUCCCCAAGACAUCAUCGGCAGCUUCAUCCAACUCUGUCAACCCCGCAUGGCGCGAUUCUGCCAUCCAUCAACUCAUCGUCUGGCCCUGGAACUGGCAGACCAGCCUGACCUCAAACCUUGAGGCGCAGGACACACUGCUUAAUGUUGUGCUGCAGCUUCUGAAGGAUUUGAGCCCGGGCUCCGGAACGUACUUGAAUGAGGGCAACCCAGAGCAGGCAGAUUGGAAAGAGGCCUUUUACGGAGAGAACUACGACAGGCUUCGGAGCAUCAAGUCAAGAUGGGAUCCCGAUGAUCUUUUCUAUGCCGUCACGGGUGUUGGGAGCGAUGACUGGGGUCUCGACAGUGUUGGAAGAUUGUGUAAGGUGUGA